CAACCGAAGCUUCAAACGAAGUAGAGACCGCGUCAGAUAAAACAUCAAACUUCAUUUCAAAAAUUUCUUUGCAUUAAACUGUAUUUUUUGAAUAACUUUGAAACAAAUAUAAACAUGGCAACUCGACUUUUGAAAAUAGAAAUAAAAAAUUUUAAAUCAUACGCUGGUAUUGUUCGUAUAGAUAAUUUCAAAUCUUUAAAUAUUGUAAUAGGAUCCAAUGGUUGUGGAAAAUCCAACUUAAUGGAAGCAAUUGCUUUUUCUUUUGGAGAAAACAAGUUUAGAUCCAGACCAGCAAAAAUUGGAAAUUAUUUUAAUUCAGUAUGCAGUAAUGAUGAAAAAGAAUGCUCUGUAUCUUGUACAUUCAAAUAUGACAUGGAAGACAUAACAUUUACAAGGACUUUACGAAAAAAUCGAAACAUUUUUACAAUAAACGAUGACAUCGUGAAUAGAGAAGAAUAUCUAAACAAAUUAAAUGAAAUAGGGAUUAAUGCUAAAACACGAUACUUCAUUAUUUAUCAAGGAGAAUCGAUUGAAUCAUUGUUAGAAAAACCAAAAGAACGGGCAGCUCGAUUUGAAGAAAUUACUGGAUCAGUUAAAUACAAAGAUAAAUAUGAAUCUUUGGAAAAAGCUCUAGAGGAACAAUUACAUGAACGAAAGAUAUUAAAUGAACAAAAAAGAAAUUUAAAUAAAAAAAUGCACAAUCAAAAAUUAGAUAAGUCAAAAGAAAUAACUCGACUUGAAUUACAGUCUGAAUUUGAAAGAAUGACUGAAAAAGUAAAUCUCCUACAACUUUACAUUACUGAACAAAACAUGAAAAAUUAUAAAAAAGAAUUUGAAAUUCUAGAAGAAAAAAAAGCCGAUAGAAAAAAAGAACGUGAAAAGACUAAAGGUGAUAUAGAAAAGAAAAAUCAAAUGAUAGCUGAAAAUGAACGAAUCAUAAUCAAUCUAAAAAGCCUGAUAGAAGCCAAAGAAAAUGAGCUUGCCACUGUAAGGAAGAAGAUGCAUGAUUCUUCGAUUAAAAUUAAAAAAAUUGAACAAAGCAUCCAUAAAGUUAAACAAGAUAUUUGUAAAGCUGAGCAAGUCGACAAAUUACGAACAGAACGAAUAAAGCAACUUGAAGAUGAAUAUCAAGAAAUUGAGGAACUUAACAAUCAAACAAAACAACACCUUAAGAAAUUGGAGAAAAAGAAUAUUACUAAAAUGGAAGAAGAAUAUCAAACGAUUUAUUAUAAAAUAUUAAGAAAAGGUAGUGACUCUUCAAGAAGAUUAAGAAAAAUAAAAAAAUUACAGAAAAAAUUACACGAUAAUAUUAACAAUAGGAAAAUGGAAAUAAUGAAAAGACAGAUGGAAAUUGAACAAAUUAGCUCAUUUUUAGAGAAUUAUGAUAAAUAUUCCGACCAAUACACAAAUUUGAAGAAUGAAUUUAUAAAAUUAAAAGAAGAAAGAGUAGAAAGAGAAAAAUUAAUGAAUUCUUAUCGAGAGAAGGAAAAUGAAUUAAUGAAUAUUGAAGAACAAUUACAGCUUUUCAAAUCUCAUAAAGCUGAUGUUGAAAAGUAUAAAAACAAGAUUUCAAUCAUGGAAUCUUUAAAAAACAAGAUAAAAGAAGGAGUGUAUGGAUAUCUGAGUGAUCUUUGUCGGCCCAUACACAAUCGAUAUGAAAUUGCUUUAGGAAUUAUUUUAAAAAGACACUCUUCAACGAUUGUCAUUGAUACUGAAGAAACAGCCUACUUAUGUCAUACUGCAGUACAUCCUUUGCCAGGACGCAUAAAAUUUUUAACUCUUGAAUUAUUGAAAAAUCAAUACAUGAGAGAAUCGUCACAGGAUUCUAAUGAGUAUGGAGAAAUACAAAAUGUGAAACUUGCAAUCGAUAUUGUCAAAUAUCCAGAGGAAAUUAGACCAGCAGUACAAUUUGCUUUCAAAAAGACACUAGUAUGUGAAACUCCAAAUGAUGCUUUCCAGAUUGCCUACAAUUUGAAAUCUGGGCAACGUAAUGAUUGUAUAUCAUUGAAUGGUAUUUACUACAAAAACAAUGGUAUAAUAUUCAAGAAUAAAUCUACCAUGAAAAGAAAUAUCCCGGAUAUCUCAAGCUUAAAAGAUGCUCGAAAAAAGUUACUUGUUGAAAUGGAUAAUAUUAAUGAAGAACUGAUAAAUUUGGAUCAAAUGAAAAAAUUAUCAAAAAUUCAAUCAAAAGUUAUUGAAAAGAAAAUGUCUUUUAUAAAAGAUGUAAUGGCUGAACAUGAAGAACAAAAAAAUAAAAAAGGACAGCUAGAAUCAGAGUUAUCUAACUUGAUGGAAGAGGAAAAAAAAGAUCAACAACAAUUAAAGAAUUUAGAUGAAGAAGCACAAGAAUUUAAAGAUCAAACAAACAUUCAUGAAAAUUCGAUUUUCAAGAAGUUUUAUGAUAAAUAUAAUAUUACAAAUAUUUCCAAGUUUCAAGAUCUCAUAAAGAAAUUUAAAAAACUUCAAUUAGAUCAAGAGGAAUAUGUUAAUCACUUGGAACGAAUUAAAGAUGAAUUAGAACGGGAAAAAAAAGAUGAUACGAAAAGCGAUCUUCAACGUUAUCAACUAAAAAAUGAUGAUUUAAAAAUUCAACUGCAGGAGGAAACAGACAAAUAUGAAACAUUAAAAAAAGAAGAAAACGAAAAGAUAAAGAUGUUAGAGCCGUUACAAAAAGAGCUAGAAAAAAUCGAUUAUGACAAUACAAAAUUGAAAAAAGAUGUACAAAAAUUAGAAAAAUGUCUAUCAGAAUUAAUACAUGGAUUUUUUUAUUUAGAAUUUGAAAGUCAUAAACGGUGUGCUGAUUCGUACAAACGAUGUUAUAAAGAAUUCAAUCAUUUACUCAACGAGGCUCGAUCGAAAAAUUUAUCAUUCAUCAAAGGUUCAGGUGAUUUAAUUCACAGCUCAUUCGAUUCAGAUGAAAAUAAAAACUCUGUAAUGGAUGAUAGAAUAAGUGAUGAAUUUCCAACUUUACAUUUGGGUCCAGAACUCUCUAUUCAACUAGAUUAUAGUUUGAUUACAAAUGAAAUUAUCAAUAAUAAUAUUGACAGCCUUAAACUUAUGUGUGAAGAAUACAAAUCUCAAUUAAAAAUAAUAGAUGGAAAAAUUUGUGAACUUUAUCUUAAUAACCAGUGGUCCCAAGAAUUAGAAGAAAUUAUGGAAAAAGUUAGAGGAUUAAAUCAGCAAAUAGAUAAACUAAAUAAAAACCUGGCAAACAUCAGAAUAAAUUUUGAUGAAAUAAAACAGAAAAGACGUGAAAAAUUCAUGAAUGGUUUUGAAAUCAUUUCUAAAUGGGUUAAAGAACUUUAUAAGCAACUGUGUGGAGAUGAAGAUGCUCAUGCUUUUUUAGAAGCCACGAAUCUAGAAGAACCUUAUUUAGGUGACAUUCAAUAUAUCUGUUUACCAAGGAGAAACAAAUUUUAUGGCCACUGCAAGCUUUCAGGAGGGGAAAAAAUGAUAGCAAUGAUAUCACUCAUUCUUGCUAUUUUAAAAGUCGAUUCAUCAUUUCUUCUUCUCUUUGAUGAAGUUGAUGCAUCAUUAGAUGUAGUUCAUUCCGAAAAUAUAGUGCAAUACUUCAAGACGUUGAAUGAAUCACAUCAAAUUAUUUACGCGACUUUCAAUGAAAAUUCAAUGGUACAUGCGGAUAUACUUGUUGGUAUUCUAGCAGUGAAAUCUCAUGGUUCGAAAUCAUCUAAAAUUCUUACUUUAGAUCCUGAUAAUUACUGA